GAUAAACGAGAGAGUUUGCAGACGAGUGGUGAACAUUAAUUGUUGAACUAAAAGCAUAAAAAUAAAAUUUGCGUUCCAUGGAUAAAUAUGAAAUGAAACAACUCGAAAAGUUAGCGGCGCGUGUCUUGAAAAAUAAACCCGGGCAUAUCAUUUUUAUGCAAAAUGAAUCUCGCGACGGAUUGCAUAGGUUCCUAAGAAUUGGAGAAGUAAAUAAUCGAAAUGUCAAGACUGAGAACAGUAUCAGAGAAAAUAUACAAGUUGUUGUCUGAAAAAGUCAGUAUUAAGUUUCCAGAACGUGAACAAAACUUUUACCAAGAGAUCUUGAUAAAAAAUCUUAAAAAAUCGUUAUAAAGUUGGAAAAAUGAAUUCAUAUUGUGAUACCGCGAACAGAAAAUUAUAUCACAGAGGACAAAUUGAUGUAAUAGAUAUGCCAACAGAAUUAACUUGCAAUUACAAGUACUUCUUUGUUUAUGAGGAUCAAGUUUCCAAAUUUGUCGUGUUAAAAGGUUUACAUGGGAAUACAGCAAGCGAAGUAGCUAGGAAACUUUUAGAUACGUUGGCCAUUAUUGGAGCACCACAGGUUUUGCAAAGUGCUAAUGGACGAAAGUUUGCAGAACAAGUUGUGCAGGAAUUACGUUCUUUGUGGAAAGAUUUUGUUAUACUUCAUGGAGAAAUCUCAGAGAACAAAGAAAAUAGCAGAGAUUUCAAAAAUUUGCUGAAACAUUGGGCGCAAAAAAACCCGACAAAAACAUGGUACGAGGCUUUGAAGCAUGUUCAGAUAUUUCAAAACUCAACGUUCUGUUGUGAAAAUGGAAAGAUACCUUAUGAUAUAUUGUUCGGACGAAAUGUACACGAAGAAUUUCAGAAGCAGGCUAACACGAUACCUAAGAGAGAAAACGUAUGGACAGAAGAAGAAUGGAUUAGUCUUGUGUCCAAUAAAAACAACGAUAUCGAAAAAGAAGAAACUGAGAAGUUUGCUGAGAGUUCGAGUUUUAUAAAAAUCGGAGACAUGGAUAGUUCAAGAGACGACGACAGUGACUCUUAUAGUAUAGUAAAGGAUGAGCUUCCAAGAGAUACUCCAGGCUUUAAUUUUGUUGAUGUUAAAAGUGAACCUUUGAACAUGCAUACGGAAGAUUCGGUAUUCGAAGACGAAUCGAUAGUAGAUGAUAAAACAAAAUUAGUUUUCAAAAGUCAAGAUUUAAAAUGUAGAAUCUGCCAAAAGCAGUACAUGAAGCCUGGUCACUUAAAGAAUCACAUGAGAGCGCACAUCAAAGGAAAAAAAUUCGAAUGCAAAUUAUGUAAAAAGACGUUUCAUGUUCUCAGUUUAUACGAGAAGCACAUGCAACAGUCUCAUAGACAAAAUAAGUUAUCUAGACUGUGUAACACAAGAAGAAAUAAAGAUUCACGAGAGAAAACAGUAUUGGACACGAAAACGUUUAAGUUGGAUUGUUCUUCGAAUAUAAAUUUGAGCGAGACCGAAUCUAACGUUAUGGACGAAGAUCCUAAUGUAACAAAGAACUCGAGUCUUUUUAAAGAGAGAAAGAAAAUUUCUGCAGAAAUUCGUUCGAUGAAAGUAAACGGAGAUCCGACUUUAGAUUGUACAUACUGCAAACAGAAAUUCAACUUUCCUAGCGUAUUAAAAAGGCACAUGCGAUCUCACACGAACGAAAGGCCUUACAUUUGCGAAAUUUGUAAUAAAAGCUUCAAACAAUUAGGACACCUUAGUCAACAUUCGUUAACGCACAAGGACUAUCGUUCUUUCCAUUGUGCGGUUUGCGGUGUUAAAUUCGAAUCGUUAGGCUCGUUAAAAGUCCACACUCAAUCGCAUAAGGAGGAUUACAUUUCAAAAACGAAAGAGGCUUUCCGUUUGUUCGAAUGUGAGAAUUGUAAAAAGGUGUUUACCACUAAAAGUGUCCUGGAACGACAUAUACUUACACACUCCCAUGAACGUCAAUUCGCUUGUAUAAUUUGCGGGAAAAGGUUUAAACAAACGGGACACUUGAAGUCUCAUAUGUUGGUUCACACGGGCGAACGGAAAUUUGAGUGCACGGUCUGCAAAAAGAGAUUCAGCCUCUCGAACUCUCUUAAGAAGCAUAUGUACGUGCACAACGGGGAGAAACCGUAUCAGUGCGACGUAUGCGGCGCGCGAUUUCUUGAAAAAAGAAAUUUAAACGGGCAUCUGAUGACCCACACGAACGAGCGUCCGUUUCGUUGUAAAAUUUGUGGGAAACGGUACACUUUGGCGGACACUUUACGACGUCACAUCAGCGCCGCACAUGAGGAAGGUCGUACGUAUCAGUGCGAGAUUUGUGCGAAAAUGUUCAAACAGUUGGCCCAUCUCUCUGUUCACAAAAAAGUACACAAUGACGAACGACCAUUCCAGUGUCAUUUGUGCGAGAAAAAUUUUAAGCAUAAAAACGUUCUCAAGUCCCAUUUAGCCAUUCACGCUAAUGUAAGGCCAUUCGAAUGCGACGUGUGCAAGGCUACUUUUGUAAGGAAGACGAAUCUGCAGACGCAUAUCGCGUCGGCUCACAUGAACGAACGACCGUACGUUUGUACGAUUUGUGGGAAACGGUUCAAACAAAUUAGUCACUUGAACGGCCACGUUGUAGUGCACAGCAAUUUAAUGCCUUAUCAAUGCGAUUUUUGUGAUCGACGGUGCAACAGACUCGACAAUUUGAAAAAACAUAUGCGUCUUCAUACGAAGAACAAAGAGGAAGUAGCUUAAAGAUUUACGUUUUCCAUGAUCGUCUUGUAAGAAACAGAUUCAUGCAAAUUGUUCGAAUAUGAAAUUAGGACAUAUUCG